ACCAGCUGCUUCCUAAUUCACUCAUUGACCAAAAGUUGAAAAAGUCAAACAAUCUGAUUUUAAUCCAACAUGGAUAUUAUUGAUAAUCCUCCCCCUGAUACAACUUUCAAUUGUGUGUCCAUAGAAGAUGGUCUCUGGUUCGGUCUCCAAUCCGAAACUCCAUCGACAGGCGAGUUGGUUAAACAAAAGAUUGUUUCUAAGAAAAUAAUAACCAUGCUUUACUUGAAAAGGUUUAUUUUUGUGACAGAUUAUGUUCUAUAUCUCUGGGUUUGGAGUGAUGAGUCUAAUCAACUUACGGGGGACUUAGGAGUAGCAUUUACUAGUAAAAGUAAGACAAUCCAGAGUGCCUGCUCAACUAUUAAAUCGUAUUGUAUGCAAAAAUGUGAUAUUGAAAACGGAUAUCUGUGUUUCGGGUGCAGCCUACGAGACCUACUGAAAGCGAUGUGGACAGAAAGAGUCAAGUCCUUGAAAAUAUAUUGCUCAUCUCGACAAAAAGCUUUUUGGACGAAAUGUGGGUUAAGGGAUAUACUCGACUCAUUAGCAGUUUUGAUGCCCUCCGAGUGCUUGCCGUUAUUACGUCCGCACGCCAAAAAACUAAUGGAUCAUUUAGGCAAAAUCCCCGAACUUGUAAGCCACCUUGAUGAUAUCAGGUUAAGAUUGGAGGAAGACCCAUUCCCACCCAUUCUAAGACGAAAAAUGUGGAAGGAUUUGGCUAAACGGUACCUAGACGAAAUGAGAAGAUGUGGAAAGAAGAUGCCUGCGGCCGGACCUCGACCCGCUCUAACUCCAGUUGCAUAUGUUCCACCUGGAUCAGGCCAGUUGGCAAGAUCAACCAGUACUUCGAUCGCAUCGGAAUGGAUAAAAACAAAUCUUGUAAAACUUGAUGGAUCAAUAGCUUUUGUUCAAGACCUCCAUGAUAUGUAUGAACGAAAUGUUGCACCUGAGAAUGUAAUGACUUUGUCGAACUUUAGUAAAUUAGUCCGUCAAGAAAUACCAGCAGUGCUCACUGGCAACAUUAUGAAUUUCUAUGCAUGCAGAAAAACGAGAUGGGAUACAACUCAGAACGUUUAAAAACAUUAAAGUUCGCAAAGUUCCUUCACCCAGUAACCGAUUUGGCUCAAAUAUUUUCGAACCACCACCAGCGCAUGUCGCUGGUGGACCUUCUAUAACCAUUGAUGAUGAACCAAUGAUAGAGGAAGUGGAUCAAAAAAAGUCUGAAGGAGAUAAACUAGCCGAAGCUCUAGCCAAAGUAAAACAGUUAGAGGACCGAGUGAAACAUUUGGAGAAAGUGAACCGAAACCAGUUCAAUGUGAUUAAACAUAUGUAUAAGAGGAACGCAUCGAUUCUUCUGAAAUUACAGCAGAAACCUUCAUACGGUGCUCAAUAACUUAUGAUUAAUUUGUUAUUUAGUUUUAUGACACUGAUUGUUGGUUUUCGUUUCCGGUAUUCUCAAUAAAAUUAAUAGUAGAUAUAUGCAGUUAGAAUA